UGCGAGUCCCAGCAUGCUGAGCGCAGCGUCAGCGAACCUCACAUCGGUCGCUGGAAUCAGUCGCUGCUUGAAAUUGCUGUUUCUUCGUCGUAUAUUUGCAAUGGCAGCAGCUUUAUCCCGUGCUCUGAAAUUGCCCGGUAAGAAGGGCUCGGAGCUAGGAGAGUAUGACCCACUUACCCAAGCGGACAGUGAGGACGACAGUGAGGAGGAUGACCUGGUGCUCAACUACCCUCGCAACGGUCUUGGCAGGAGCAACAACAUGGGCUUAGGCACAUCAGAUUCACGCAGCAACAGGGGGAGCAGGUUCACCCAGCAGGAGGAUGUGGACGAGGAUGAGGAAGAGGUGGACGAGUGGAGAGAAAGGCACCGAGGGAAAUCAAGGCCAGAGACUGAGGAUGAGAAGUGCAGGCAGUACUGGAGCCAGAGGGAGAUGGGCAGGGAUGCAACCAGUGAGGACGGAGAGGGAAUGCGAUCCACUGGAGGUGGAGGCAUAGGGUCAGAGUGUGAUCCUUAUGGUAAAAAAAACAGAGUGAAGAAUGCCGUUCGCACAGCUGCCUUCUUAGUGCCACUGUGCUUAGCAAUGAUUGUGGUUCUACUGUGUGCAUUUAUCCUGCCCUGCCAACAGCUGGAGGACAGAAGGCCCCAGUGGGAGAGAGAACAAGGUGGUGAUGCAGGAGGUGUCACAUCCCUCCCCUUGGCACUGUGGGAUGUGGACAACGAUGGUAUAGAAGACAUAUUAAUAGGAGUCACCCAGUUGUCCAAUGAAAGUCAGGUCCCCAGCUCACAAGCUAUCAGUAAAGAGUACAGUGUGGUGGCUCUGUCUGCCACCAGUGGGAGCGUGCUGUGGAGGCGGCCGCUGAGAGAGCCUGUGAUAUCUGUUCAGUGUGGUCUGCAGACUGGAGCAGCAUCCUCAGCAGCAGCACACCCAGCAGAGGGGGCUCACUGGGGACAGCAGAGCCUCUCCCUCCAGUCUGGCCCUGUGUGUCUGCUGGUAGGCUCCUCACACCUCACCGCCGUCAAUGGCACUUCAGGAACGAAGCUUUGGUCUGCAACCCCAGGCGCUAUAGAGUCACCAGUGGUUUUGCUUCCAGAUGUUGAUGGAGACUCAGUCCCUGACCUGCUCAUUGUGACACUGCCUGAGAACAAUGAGGCAGACCUCUGUCUGGUUCUGCUAUCUGCACUGAAUGGCACCCAUAUUGGUCGUCCAGUCAACUUUAACCUCACAGGACAAGGCAAGCUGAUUGGACCUCUUCUCCAUGAGACCAGAAUGGGGGCCUAUUACGUUCUUUUUGGAUUGGGAACUGUGGAGGCAGUCUCCUUGAGAGACAUUUACACUAAAGCCAGUGAUGUGAGAGUCAUAGACCCCAAGAUAAAAGUGAAGGAUCCUCUGUGGGAAAAGCUGAGGAAAACAAACUCAUCCUCACUCAUCCACAUAUCAAGUGGCACAGAGGAAGUGAUCUUCCUUCUCCCUCUUGUGGCUGGACUAUGUAACAAUCACAACAACCUGGAUGUGAUGUCCAACAUGAACUCCAGUCAAAGUGAUUGGAUGGUGAUUUGUGAUAAAAGCAGGCUCUCCGUGCUUAAAGAGAAGGACACCCGCACAGCAUGGACAUUCAACUCCUCAGCUAUACACAGCCGUCCAACUCCAGGCCAAUUCAAUGGAGAUGGAAUUCCUGAUGUUCUCAUUCAGCUGUCUGCAGCUGGUGUGAGAAAGGUUCAGAUAAUAGAUGGAGGAAACGGCCAUAGCCUGUGGGAGGCAGAGUUUGUUUGCCCACGCCUUGUGCUGGAGGGGUCCUCUGUCAUGACGACCUCUGGCCAAUCUGUGUUCCUCUUCUGGGCUGGUGACCCUCUAAAACCACAGAAGAACAUUACCAAGCAGGCAUCUUCAGCUUUAGCGCCUACUGACCCUGUGGUCCGAAAGCUGUUUAUGUUGCACCCAAACUACCCCAUAAUACUGUUGGAACUGGCUAGCACCACUGAUACUAUACUCACUGCUGCAGUGAGUUAUGAAGAACAGUGGAAAGAUGCCGCUUACAUCACUGUGUUCUCCCGGCCCACGUCUGGUUUGGGACCGGGGACGCGCAUGGUGAAAAGCCUGAGCCUGAAGGCCGCUGUUGCGGGAGCACUGAUCGUAAGGCUCGGUGAGGAGAGCCAAGCAGGAGCGCCUGUCAGGCUUAGAGCUUUUGAGAUCAAGAAGUUCUUCAAGCAGCUGUCAUUUAAACAUCAGUGAUAAGUGUUGCCCAGACAUGUUGCCAUACAGCAUCUGAUGAAGACCAAACCAGUGGACAGGUCUCUUCAGUGAAAGAAGCUGACUAAUAUUUUUACUUGACAGUAUCGACAUAAGAGUGACAUAACACUGUCAUGAACACAUGACACUGUCAUGAGACAUGAAACCUAAACCUAACCCUAACCCUAACCUCUAACCCUAAUUCUAACCUGACCCUAAC